AUGAGCAGACCUCAGCCAGCAUCCACGCCAGCAGCAGCAGCAGCAGCAGCCGCCGCGACAGAAAGCCAAGCUCUGCACCCCAACACUCCCAAGCCGCGCGCGCCGCCGACACAGCCGCCACCACAGCCGACGGGGCCAAUCCCGCAGGAGGUCAAGGACAUGCUGCCGCUUCUGCGGGCGCAGCCGGGCGGGCACUACAUCACGCUGCACGUCCACGGGCGGCCGUACCUGGUGACGCCGGGCGACGAGGUGCGGCUGCCGUUCCUGAUGCCGGGCGUGCGGCCCGGCGACGUGCUGCGGCUGAACCGCGCGUCGGUGCUGGGGUCGCGCGACCUGACGCUGCUCCCGAGCGAGGUCGGGUCGCGCAACCUCCAGAGCGGCGAGGUCGCCUACGUCGACGAGCGGCUGUACGAGUGCCGCGCCGUGGUCGUCGGCGUGGACAGCGAGCCGAUGCGCCUCAAGGAGAAGACCAAGCGGCGGAACAGGAAGGUCAAGACUGUGAGGAGCAAGCAUCGGUAUACGGUCCUGCGCAUCAGCGAGCUGAGGAUCAAGGCGCCUGAGGAGAUCGAGGAGUAA